AUGUCGACACAACAGCCUUUGCCCCGUAGAAAAAGAUUUAUUCCCAAAUAUGAUGUUGAAGGAGUACACAAAAUAGUUAUCGGAGAGGAAACGCAGAAUCAAAUAGAACUGGUAAUCGGCACACAUGUAAAUGCUCAAUUUCCGUGGAAAUCGGUUAAUAAGGCCAAAGUUAUGGAAACAAUUGAACUUGGAGGCGAAUUAUCUGAAUUUUUUUCUUUGAAAGGUCUGCUAGAGGCUUAUCCAGGUGAAGAGAUCUUGAUGGGAUAUAUCGUAGAUGAAUCUAAAGAUGUCGAUGAGUUUUAUGUUUGUUGUACUAAUGAAGCUAAAGAGCAUUGCAAACAACAGUCUGAUCGAUUUAUUAGAAGGCAAGAAAAGAAAUUGGAAAAAGCUGUGCAGAAAAAACCAAGACCAUGGAAAAGUCUAGGUAGCGAUAAAGAACUCAAAGAACUCAUACCGAUAAAUCAAAGACCUUUAAUGGAGAUAGAAAUACGGGCUAAAUUUCCUAAGGAGAAUGACCCAAAGACUCUUCAAGUGAGGGAUACAAAUUCGAGUCGGGAUGGGUAUAUAGAACUAACUCCAUAUAGACAAAAGUUUAACAGUGUUUUUAGUCGAAGAGUCGAUUGUGCAACACAAGUAGCGCCACCCAUGAUCCAUAGUUACGCCCAAACUUUGUUAAAGUAUCCUCAAAAUAUGUGGACACAAUCUAUAGCAGAUGCUUUAGGCAAAGUAGAUGACACAGAGGCUGGCGGCGACACUGGGAAUGACAAUGAAAAUGCGGAAGUUGGUGCUAAUAAAAUGGGUAGCUCUGAUGAAGAUGAGGAAGACGAAAAGGAAGCAUCAGACGAGGUAGGCUUAUUGGCAUACAAAAAUGCUAUAUUACGUAUGAGACGACCAUCUUAUAUAAAAAUGAUUAACAACUUCAUGGAAUCGCAGAAAUGUGAAGUCAACUCCAUUGUAGAACUGAACACAGUUAUGGAUAUGUAUUGUAAUGAUUAUCCUAAUUUAGUUUCGGAGCAAACAGUUGAUAUAUAUGAUACCAUGACAUUUGAAGAAUAUGUUUGUUUUACCGACGUAAGAGCGAAAGAUAAGUAUAUAUCGUGUGCAGUUUUUCAUCCAAUGUGGUCUGGCAUAGUUGCAAUAUGUUACGCAGAUGGAUCGCCUACAGUUAUGAAAACUGUAAGUAGUCGAGCUGAUCCUAUUCAAAGAGCGGUAUAUGGUCUAAAUCCGGUAUUAAUUUGGACCCAUAUUGAUAGUUUAUUGCCCAAACUAUACCUUGAGGCUCCACGAGAAGUAAAAAUUCUUUCGUUUUGUCCAUUUAAUGAAAAUAUUUUAAUAGGUGGUUGUGUUAAUGGCCAAAUUAUCAUAUGGGAUAUAUCAAAUAAAUUAGAAAACGUUGAGAAAAUUGAAGUUCUGAGUGAGAAGAGGGAGAAAUAUCGAAUUGCGAUGAAGGCUCAUAUGGGUUGGAUGAAAAAUGUCCAGGACAAUGCUGUUGUUCAACCGACAGUAUUGAGCAACCUUGUAACAAGUCAUUACGGUCCCAUUACAUCAAUAAACUGGCUCUCACCUAAUUUUACUGUUACUCCUCAAGGCAAAACGGUUUUAAAUAGUCCAAAAAAGAAGUCAUUGAUGUUUUUUACUGGAUCAGAUGACGGUGUUAUCCUUAUAUGGAAUUUGUCAGUAGAAAAUGUAACUCAAUUUGAAGGAAAAAAGGUUAAAAAGUCAAAAAGAGUGCUUCAAAGACCCUUGGGUUUACUGGUUGAUGAAUCAGAAUUUAAAGUCUUAGAUAGAGUGUUACAACCAUGUUACAAAUUAAAACUUGGUACUGCAGGGGAAAUGUCAACUUUACCAUUACAAAGCUUUGCCAUGAAUACACCAAUUAUAAAAUAUAUAUACACGCCUCGGAAUACAGGAUCAGGUAGAAAAUAUUUUAAAUCGGAAAUUGUGCGAGAGUGUGAUGCUGAUAUUAAUACAAUUCUUUAUUGUGGUUCUCAACAUGGUGAAUUAGUUCAAAUUACUUGGGAAGGACAUGAGUUUAAUACCGGAGAAGUUGUGAACUCUGAAUAUGCUGAAAUCAAAUUUAGUUGUUGCAUACAUGAUGGUAUUGUUGCCUCAUCACAAAAAAAUCCCUUUAUUACUAAUGUAACUUUAACUGUUGGUGGUAAAAUAUUAGCAAUUUGGUCCGAUAAAUUAACGGGCAAACCAUUAACUUGGAAAAAGCGACCCUAUCGCUUAACCGCUGGUGUUUGGUCCCUAUAUAAGCCAAGUUUAUUUUUCAUAACGACAUCUGAAGGUGAUUUAGAGGUAUGGGAUUUAUUAUUAAGAAGUGAUCAACCAAUUGCAAUACAAACAUUAUCUGGAAAUAUGUUAACUGGUAUCAGUUUACAUACAUUACCCUUAGCUAAAAAUAUAAUUGGUGUGAGCGAUGUUAAUGGAUCCUUUAGAUUAUUCUUAGAUCCACCGAUAUUUAUGAUAGAAAACCCAACGUACAUUGGUCGAAUGGAGGCUACAAUAAUUCGUGAAUUAAAAGUAAUGCAAUCAUUUAUAGAAUGGCAAGAUGAGUGGAUGCGAAAUAACCCUGAAAUAUUAUUAGAGAUGAAAAGAAAAGAAGGAGAACUUCUUGCACUCAAGGAAGAAGAAAAACGUAAACAAAGGGAAGAAGAAGAGAAGAAAUUGGAGGAAGAAGCCGAGGCUAGAAGACAGGAAAAAAUGAAAGUAGUAGGCCCAGAGGAAAGAUGGCAGAAAAUAAUACAGAAAUUGAUCGAAAGAACUAUUGCAGUUAAAAAAAGAAUUAAUAGAGCUGAACUAAUCGAACAUGAGAAACCAUUAAGAGAAUUAGAAGCCCAAAGGUUAGAAAAAGAAAGGAGGAUGUUGGAGAUAAUGAAGAAUCAAAAAUCUAUUUUUAAUGAUACUGUUGCUAUACUAUUCCCUGAAGCCAUUAAAAAAGAAGAAAAGGUGAAAAAGAGUUUAUUAUCAGGAAAAAAGAGCACAUUAAAAGAAACAUAUUUGGAAGAAUAUUCAGCGCUUAAAAACAGUGCCCUUAGCACUGUCCAUGAUAAUCCCUUUAAAGUAGCAUUUUCAUGGGAAGCAACAUUAGCCGAAGGAACAGAAAGAAGACAGGCGCUGAAUGCACACGAAGAUUUCAUAAAGCUACAUAAAUGUAGAAUAGUUGAAGAAGGGACAAACUAUUCACCUCCCGCUGUGGAAACCAAAGUAGCCCCGGUGAUAGUUGAAGAUGAAGAGAUUCAGGGGGAAAUAUAA